CAAUGUAGAUUUUCUUUGUGGGCCCUUCCUACUUAUAUGGAUAUAAAAAGAGGAUCAAGCCUCAACUUCUCCCCAUAAUGGUCUAUUACUAAAACAAGGUAGUCACCUACUUCUUUUCAAAUCUUUCUUGAAAAAUAAAAAAACAAGAGAGGACACAAAUGAAUUCUUCUUCUAAUUUUCUAUACAAUCUCAAUUUCAACACCUCUUCCCUUCCAUUCAACAUAAAUGACUCGGACGAGAUGUUGCUCUAUGACCUUCUCGCACAAGCUGACUCAGACACUACCACCUUAAUAACAAAUAGUACAACCAUGGCCAAGCCAACACCUUCAUCAAAGGAAAAGAAUUAUAGAGGUGUUAGGCGUCGGCCAUGGGGAAAAUUUGCGGCGGAGAUUAGAGAUUCAACUAGAAAUGGAAUUAGGGUAUGGCUAGGGACAUUUGAUAGUGCUGAAGAUGCUGCUUUAGCAUAUGAUCAAGCUGCUUUUUCAAUGAGGGGUACAAGUGCAAUCUUGAAUUUUUCAGUUGAAAGAGUUGUUGAAUCUCUACAUGAAAUGAAAUUUCAUGUUGAAGAAGGUUGUUCACCUAUUGUGUCUCUCAAGAUGAGACAUUCUAUGAGGAAGAGGAAAUUCAACAAGAAAAAUAAAGUAAGUAGGGAAGUUGUAAAAGAUGAUAGUAAUUAUAAUGUUAAUAUUGUAGUGUUUGAAGAUUUGGGUGUUGAUUAUUUGGAACAACUUUUGGGUUCAAGUGAUCAUAGUAAUAGUAGUAAUGAUGAUCGCGGAUCGUGGUGGGAUGAAUAAGAUCUCCUCACUUUUUUAUUAACUAGAGAAUUUGAGUUCAAGUUGUGAUAUGAAGUGUGGGAACCUGAAUUCCUUAUAUGGCUUGAUCAAGAUCCAUUUAACAUGAUAUAGAUCUGAAUUUAUAAUUGACGUCCCAAAAGAGAGUAUUGUAGAUGGGUUGAAAAAUAAAAAUAAAUAGGUCCAUAUUUUUACAUCAAUCUCUACCCUACUUUAAUUGGAGAUCAGUUUGUAGAUUUUUCUUUUUGUGGAGAUUUUUAGUGAUGAUGACACGUUAUUGUCUGUAACUUCACAGUGAUAUAGGUAU